CACAGAGGCGCUGGCGGCAGUGGUUUCUUGUGCUGCGGUGAAGUUGCUGCUGCUGGCAGGUGUUGAACUGAGAGCUUUGGCGAACUGGGAAACCACAACAUGAGGGCAGUGACCUAUGAUGAUGUGCAUAUCAGCUUCACUUGGGAAGAGUGGAAUUUGCUGGAUCCUUCCCAGAAGAAUCUCUACAAAGAUGUGAUGCUGGAGACCUACAGGAACCUCGCUAGUAUAGGAUACAUUUGGGAAGACCAUAAUAGUGAAGAACAUUAUCAAUGUUCUAGAAGAUAUGAAAGGAUUGAAAGAAUUCAAACUCAAGAGAAACUUUCUGUAUAUAUUCAAUGUGGUACACCCUUGACAUAUGAUACUUACCUUAAAUGGAAUGAAGGAACCCAUACUGGAGAGAAAACCUAUGAAACUAGUCAAUGUAGUAAAGCCUUUUCUUAUCACAGUUAUGUUCAAAUGCAUAAAAGAAGACACACUGGAGAGAAACCCUAUGAAUGCAAUCAAUGUGGUAAGGCCUUUGCUCUUUACAAAACUCUUCAAAGUCAUAAAAGAACACAUACUGGAGAGAAAGCCUAUGAAUGUAAUCAAUGUGGUAAGGCCUUUGCACGUCACAGUAAUCUUCAAAAGCAUAAAAGAACACAUACUGGAGAGAAACCUUUUAAAUGUAAUCAGUGUGGUAAAGCCUUUGCUCAACACAGUCAUCUUCAAAGUCAUGAAAGAACACAUACUGGAGAGAAGCCUUUUGAAUGUAGUCUGUGUGCUAAGGCCUUUACACAGUACAGUGCUCUUCAAAAGCAUAAAAGAACACAUACUGGAGAAAAACCCUAUGGUUGCGAUUAUUGUUGUAAGGCCUUUGCACAGUUCAGUUCUCUUCAAUACCACAGAAGAACACAUACUGGGGAGAAACCCUUUGAAUGUAAUCAGUGUGGUAAGGCCUUUGCAACUCACAGUAAUCUUCAAAACCAUAAAAGAACACAUACUGGAGAGAAACCCUAUGAAUGUGAUCAGUGUGGUAAGGCCUUUGCACGUCACAGUCAUCUUCAAAGCCAUAAAAGAAUACAUACUGGAGAGAAACCCUAUGAAUGUAAUCAGUGUGGUAAGGCCUUUGCACAACCUAGUCCUCUUCAAAGGCAUAAAAGAAUACACACUGGAGAGAAACCCUAUGAAUGUAAUCAGUGUGGUAAGACCUUUGCAGCUCACAGUAAUCUUCAAAGUCAUAAAAGAACACAUAGUGGAGAGAAACCCUAUGAAUGUAAUCAGUGUGGUAAGGACUUUGCAGAGCAGAGUUCUCUUCAAGUGCAUAAAAGAACACAUUCUGGAGAGAAACCCUAUGAAUGUAAUCAGUGUGGUAAAGCCUUUGCAGCUCACAGUAAUCUUCAAAAGCAUAAAAAAACACAUACUGGAAAGAAACCAUAUAAAUGUAAUUAGUGUGGUAUGGUCUUUGCAUAUUGCAGUCAUCUUCAAUUAAAUAAAAGAACACAUUCUGGAGAGGAACCCUAUGAAUGUAAUCAGUGUUGUAUGGCCUUUACAACUCCCAGGAAUCUUAAAAGUCAUAAAAUAUCUCAUUCUAGAUAGAAACCCUACAAAUGUAAUCUGUGUAAUAAGAACUUUGCAGACCACAGCACAGUCAUCUUCAAAGGCAUAAAAGAACAAGAAAAAAGUAUGAAUGGAAUCAGUGUGAUAAAGCCUUUUCAUUUGUUGUUCAUCUUCAAAUGCAUAAAAGUACAUAUACUGGAGAGAAACCAUGAAUGGAAUCUAUGUGGUAAAUCCUUUGUCACAAUAAUCUCCAACUACAUCAAAUAAAGCAUCCUGGAGAGAAACUAUGAAUUUAAUGAGUGUAGUCUUCAAAAACAUGAAAAAUAUCAUACUGCAGUGAAACUUUAUCAAUGAAUUCGGUGUGAUAAUGUUUUGCACUUUAUACAGGAGUAAAACUUUUGUGUGUGAUCAAUCUGAUAAAUCUUUCCACAUUACAAUAGUCCUUGGGUACCUGACAAAGAAACUGAGGGCUCCUUCUUAACUAUUUUUCAAGAUCGAAAGCUAAUACACUUACAGUCAUUUAACCAACAACAUUUACUCUUCAAAAAAAUGGACAGUUUCAAUAAUCUGUUCAAGCAUUAUGAUACCUCUUUAUUUUGUUUACACUAGCAAACUGAUGGACAAAAUCUAAUUUUUUAAUUUAUGACAUCCUAUGGUUAGAAGAGCCAGUCAAAGAAUUAUACCUUGCUACUGAAAUGAGACCCAAAGGAAAACACUUUGUUUCUGAAUCUAGAGUUAGUGAAAGAAACAUCACCCUUUAAACAGAGCCAAAAAGGUGAAAAGGGCCAGUGAAGGAAACAUACUUUGGCUCUCAAACCAGAGCCAAAGAAAUACACUUCAUUCUUGUUCAACUGAGCACAAAAUCCAGCCCAUGUUUUAGCUUACUCAAGUUCAAGGAUUGAAAUCCAACCAAUUCCUACCUUCCGAAUAUCCUUAUGCCUCUGGUUCUAAGAAGCCCUAUAUGAGCCAUUCAGUAGGCAGCUGCCUCUUUCUACCAUGGCAGAGGCAACCACACUCCUGGUUUCUUCCUUUCCAAAUACAUCUCUUGAUUGAGAUUUGUGUGAAGACCUUGCACUGGGAUGGAUCAGAAACUCCCUUGUGGAGUUGAACUGAGAUGCAAUUGAUACUUCUACUUAGAAACUC